AUGGGACCCCCAGCCAGCCUUGCAAGGAGGUUGUACUUCAAAGACAUUCCAGUCCUGGGCUCCUGCAAGCCGCCCCCUGCUGUGCAAGGCACCGGGGACCCAAAGCGCACGAGGGGCUUUGAUACGAGUCAACGCCUGCGAACGUGCGUGCAGAAGAACACGAGCAAACAAAGAAACCAAGCAGCGGACACAAAACGGCCUGAAACGUCGGCAAACACAGGCAUCCGGGGUCAGGAGGCGCCGACCGAGUGGGGAUUGAAUGAGUCACUGCUCCCAGCGGGACCCGUCCGUCCGGGCUCCUCUGGGCGCCUCGCAUAUUCUAAUGAGGAACAUAAACAAGGUGCCUGUGCAAACCGCCCGUGGCCACGCCGGCCACUCUCUGCACAACCAAACUUGCUUCUUGUCCGCCAGCUCCUUGCUGGGGCUUGGAAGGGAGGCAGUCGCUGCGCACAUGCGUGCGGCCGGCCGGGCCCACAGCCUCCCUGCGGCCCCUCAGGACGAGCCUUCCCUCUCUGGCCGCAGACGGACGUCCCUCCGGCCUGGCCCCGAGGGACCCCAUCCAGCCAGGAAGGACGACGGAGAAGACAACAUGCAGCGUCUGGAGCACUGGUGUCCGGGAGCGACCUGAAGGACAUCGAUGUCACUCUUGCCAACCGCACUGUCUGGUGGCCCGGGGAGCCCACUCUGCACAUCGUCCCUGGAGGCUCAGAUGCCCUGUUGACUUCACGGCGCCGGGAAUUGGCACACUGCCCACGGAAGUGGCUGGCUGUCACAGUCGGCGCGCUUGUGGGUUUGACGCCCUCGGCUUGCGGGGACUUACCUGGCUCCCGUCCCAACUUCCUUCUUCUCAUGGCAGACGAUCUCGGCAUCGGCGACCUUGGCUGCUACGGUAACAACACCAUCAGGACCCCAAAUAUUGACCGCCUGGCACGAGACGGUGUGAUGCUCACCCAGCACCUCGCGGCCGCGUCAGUGUGUACCCCAAGCAGGGCUGCUUUCUUAACGGGCAGAUACCCUCUCCGAUCAGGUAUGGUUUCCAGUAAUGGUUACCGCGUUCUUCAGUGGGCCGGAGCAGCUGGAGGGCUUCCAGCCAAUGAGACAACUUUUGCAAAGAUAUUAAAAGAGAGAGGCUAUGCCACUGGCCUAAUAGGAAAAUGGCAUCUGGGUCUCAACUGUGAAUCUUCCAAUGACCACUGCCACCACCCGCUCAACCACGGAUUCGACCACUUCUACGGAAUGCCGUUUUCCCUGAUGGGAGAUUGCAUCCACUGGGAACUGUCAGAGAAGCGUGCAGGCAUGGAGCGGAAACUCAACGUCUGCUUCCAAAUCGUGGCCUUUGCUGCCCUCACGCUCACCGCUGGGAAACUCACCCACCUGACGUCAGGCUCAUGGACUCCAGUCAUCUGGUUGACCCUUGCUGCCAUGUUGCUCUUCACCACCUCAUACUUCCUGGGUGCCCUGAUCGUUCAUGCAGACUGCUUCCUGAUGAGAAACCACACCAUCACUGAGCAGCCCAUGCGCUUUCAAAGGACGACAUCUCUUAUUCUCAAAGAGGUCUCGUCCUUCCUCCAAAGAAACAAGCAAAGACCUUUCCUCCUCUUUGUCUCCUUUCUGCACGUGCACACCCCUCUGAUCACCACCGAGAAAUUCCGCGGGAAGAGUGCCCACGGGCUGUACGGGGAUAACACGGAAGAGAUGGACUGGAUGCUGGGGAAGAUCGUGGAUACUUUGGACAUGGAAGGUUUGACCAACAGCACCCUCGUUUAUUUUACAUCGGAUCAUGGGGGAGCUUUAGAGUCUCAACUCCGAAACGACCAAUAUGGCGGCUGGAAUGGAAUCUAUAAAGGUGGCAAAGGGAUGGGGGGCUGGGAAGGCGGCAUCCGCGUCCCUGGCAUCUUCCGGUGGCCUGGGGUGCUGCCGGCCGGCCGAGUGAUCCACGAGCCCACCAGCCUGAUGGAUGUCUUCCCCACCGUGGUGCAUCUGGGGGGCAGUGAGGUGCCCCAGGACAGGGUGAUCGAUGGCCGGGACAUGCUUCCCUUGCUUCUGGGGACCACAGAGCACUCGGCUCACGACUUCCUGCUGCAUUACUGCGAGAAUUUUCUGCACGCGGCCCGCUGGUACCAACGUGACGGAGGAAGACUAUGGAAAGUCCACUACACGACGCCGGUGUUCCAGCCACGCGGGGCGGGCGCCUGCUACGGGAAGGCGGUCUGCCCCUGCUCCGGGGACCGAGUCGCCCAUCACCAGCCACCUUUGCUCUUCGACCUGUCCAGAGACCCGGCCGAGGCCCACGCCCUGACGCCGGACACGGAGCCCUGCUUUCAGCAGGUGAUGGACACGGUGGCCCGGGCCGUGGCACGGCACCGACAGACGCUCGGGCCGGCCCCGCCGCAGCUGGGCGCGCUGGGCAACGUGUGGAGACCCUGGCUGCAGCCGUGCUGUGGCCCCUUCCCCCUGUGCCGCUGUGACCGGGAGGGCCACCCGGCGUAAGCGCCCCCCCCCGGGGA